UCCGGCCCGUCCGGCGCCCCCGCCCGCCGGGUCCGCGGGCCGCAUGAGGCCGGCUGAGCAGCGCGGCGGCCGGCAACCCCAGCGGGGCAAGAGGCUGUCCAGCCAUGGAGGGGGAGGAGCGGCGGCCACCCCAGGAGGCCGGCGUGGACCCUGUUGUGACAUCAGAGGCUCCGGAGUCGGUGCCUAGGGUGCUCCCUGGAGAACCCCAGAGCCUGUCCGACGUGGACGCCUUCAACCUGCUCCUGGAGAUGAAGCUGAAGCGGCGGCGUGAGCGGCCCAACCUGCCGCGCACCGUGACCCAGCUGGUGGCCGAGGACGGGAGCAGGGUGUAUGUGGUGGGCACGGCCCACUUCAGUGACGACAGCAAGAGGGACGUUGUGAAGACCAUCCGAGAGGUGCAGCCGGACGUGGUGGUCGUGGAGCUCUGCCAGUACCGCGUGUCCAUGCUCAAGAUGGAUGAGCGGACCCUGCUGCGCGAGGCCAAGGAGGUCAGCCUGGAGAAGCUGCAGCAGGCCGUGAGGCAGAACGGGCUCAUGUCUGGCCUCAUGCAGAUGCUGCUGCUCAAGGUGUCCGCCCACAUCACCGAGCAGCUGGGCAUGGCCCCCGGCGGCGAGUUCAGGGAAGCCUUCAAGGAGGUGGGCGCUGGGCGCGGCCUCGGGGCGGGGGUGGGGGCGGGCGGGCACGCGCUGACACGGCCUCCGCUGCAGGCCAGCAAGGUGCCCUUCUGCAAGUUCCACCUGGGCGACCGGCCCAUCCCCGUCACCUUCCAGAGGGCCAUCGCCGCGCUGACCUUCUGGCAGAAGGUCAAGCUGGCCUGGGGCCUGUGUUUCCUGUCGGACCCGAUCAGCAAGGACGACGUGGAGCGCUGCAAGCAGAAGGACCUGCUGGAGCAGAUGAUGGCCGAGAUGAUCGGCGAGUUCCCGGACCUGCACCGCACCAUCGUCGCCGAGCGCGACGUCUACCUGACCUACACGCUGCGGCAGGCCGCCCGGCGCCUCGAGCUGCCACGCGCCUCCGACGCCGAGCCCAGGAAGUGCGUCCCGUCCGUGGUUGUGGGCGUCGUGGGCAUGGGCCACGUGCCCGGCAUUGAGAAGAACUGGAGCGCCGAGCUCAACAUCCAGGAGAUCCUGACCAUCCCCCCGCCGUCCGUCUCCGGCAGAGUGUCCCGGCUGGCCCUGAAGGCCGCCUUCUUCGGCCUGCUGGGCUACGGCCUGUACUGGAUGGGGCGCCGCACCGUGAGCCUGGUCCUGUCGCUGCCUGCUGCACAGUACUGCCUCCAGAGGGCGCCCUCGCCCCGGCCAAGCCAGUAGAAGGGCCCCACCCGGGAGCGGCCACAGCCAGGGUGGCUGCCCCCCACCCUGCUGCAAGGAGGCCCCUGAGGUCUGUGCCACCCCCCAUGGGGGUCCGGGCCAAGCCUCGCCGCCCUGCCCUCCCCAGCCAGCCCCAAUAAAGGAUCAUUUAACUGUCUGAACUCAGGCCUCCCAGCAGCCCUCCCCAGGCACCGAGGGUCCAGUCCAGCUCUGAGGAGGGCAGGGCCGAGGCCCAGGCUGCCCCGGCCCCUGGGGUGGGUGUGGCGAGCUGAUGGCCGAGCCCACCUCACCGUGCCUUGUGCUGCGUCUGCCUGGGGCGUCUCGGGAUCGGGGCCCGGUGGGCGUGGGCAGGCUGGAAGCCCACACCGCCGGCACAUGGGCACGGAGCUUGGCUUGCCCACUGCCUCCCCGGCCCCAUCCGCCUGCAGACUCUGGCUGGCUUUUUAAAACGUCGAAAUUUUCUACUCAGGUAACUUUAUCUUCAAAGAAAUAGCAACCGAAGCGGAUGUCAGGGACAAGCCUUAAACCUGGAUGGGGCACAGGGCGGCUUUUUCCUUUGUUCGUGUCCCGAGUAGGCAAGUGUGCGGCCACAGGCCGGCCCUCAGGGUCUGCACCCCCAGCCCAGCGUGGCCGGGGCUACCUCUCUGGCCUGAGCCUGCUGUCCAGCCCGGUCCCCGCGGGCUGGAGGGGCUUGAACCUGCUUCCUGCGCAUCGGCGGAGGUUCCCAGGGACCAGCCUGUCCCCCGUGGGCAGGCUGCCCGAGUGCCAGCCAGCACCCACUUGGCCAGCCAUGGUCUGUGCCGACCGACCGCUGAAUCCAAUCAGGUGAACCCCGUUCGAGCUGUGCGUCCCUGUCACUCGCGGAUCUGCUCCUUGGAAACAAAUAAAUUCUAGUUUUGGAA